UACAUUGAUCGUCUAGCCCCUCGCAGUCAGUACACAACUGGACGAGGUUCGUCUGGGGUGGGUCUCACGGCUGCUGUAAUGAAAGAUUCAGUCACGGGAGAGAUGACUCUGGAAGGCGGAGCUCUGGUGUUGGCAGAUCAGGGUGUCUGCUGUAUUGACGAGUUUGAUAAGAUGAUGGACACCGACCGCACGGCCAUUCAUGAGGUCAUGGAGCAGCAGACCAUCUCCAUUGCUAAGGCUGGAAUUAUGACAACUCUGAAUGCUCGCUGUUCCAUCCUUGCUGCUGCUAAUCCUGCAUAUGGGCGAUACAACCCCAAGAAGAGUGUAGAGCAAAACAUCCAGCUCCCUGCGGCC